UUACUUGUAGAGAUCUUUACUAAUUACUUCUAGUAACUUGUUGCUGAAAGAAUUUCCAUGAACAAUCUUAAUAGAAAAUACUGUUAAAACAAAGUAGAUUCUUAAUUAGAAUAAUGUAUAGCUAACGUGGAAAAAAUACUUGGUCUAGUUUGGACUAAAAUGCAUUAUAAAAAUAUUGUUUUAACACAAUUUAAAUUAACUUUCAGACAUUACUCAAAGCCCUCUUACUUAGAAUGAGGCGAACACUAGAUGAUGAUGUGUUCAUGCCACUUUAUCCCAAAAGUGUUUUAGAGAACAAGAACUCUGGUCCUUACUUGUUUUUUCAGCGCCAGUUUUGGUCUUCAGUUAAGCUAUUGGGAAACUUUCUGCAGUGGUAUGGAAUAUUCUCCAACAAAACAUUACAAGAAUUAUCAAUAGAUGGUUUGCUAAAUAGAUACAUUCUUAUGGCUUUCCAGAAUUCUGAGUAUGGAGAUGAUAGCAUUAAGAAAGCUCAAAAUGUAAGUAAAUAUGUUUUAAAUUUCACUUCAUUUUUUAAAAUUCCUUUUUGAGUCUGUUGCCCAUAUAUUCAGAGGCAGUGUAUUUUAAUAGCUACAGUAGCAGGGAUCUGAAUAUGUUCAAAUAUACAUGUAACCAUGACAUUCAUCUUCAUCAAUUAGCCCAGGCCUUGAUGUUCAGAUUAAAAUACAACAGUGAGCCCAGUACAUCCUAUUUUCUAUCACUGGAAAAGAGACAAAACAAAACAAAAAAGGAGUAAACUUCUAUUUUACAACAACAACAUUGCUUGAAUUUCCAUUUCUAUUCUAGCACUACUAUUAAUGGGCAGUGUAGUGGCUCAGUGAUUAAGAUGCUGGACUUGAUGGAAAGCCGGCAGCCAAGGUUUGAAACUUGAGUGUCAUGUGACGGGGUGAGCUCCUGUUACUUUUCCCAGCUUCUGCCAACA